AUUGUGAACACUGCAAGCGAUUUUAUUGUGCAUUCGUUUUAGUUAAAUUCGUUUUUAAGCCUAUAGUUUAAUUAUAAUUUAUUAAAAUGGCUGAUUUCCUGGACUCCGAAGCCGAGGAAUCAGAGGAGGAGGAAGAAUUAGAUGUACAUGAACGCAAGAAACUAAAAAAGUUGAAAGCGGCCGUAUCGGACAGCAGCGAGGAAGAAGAAGACGAUGAGGAUCGUUUGCGCGAAGAGCUCAAAGAUCUUAUUGAUGACAAUCCCAUUGAAGAAGAAGAUGGAAGCGGUGACGAUUCAGACACUGGGAGUGGUGGCGAUGAAGAAGGCGGCAGUGGCAAGAAACGCAAAAAGCAUGAAGACGAUGAUUUGGAUGAUCGCCUGGAGGAUGAUGACUAUGAUUUAAUUGAGGAGAAUUUAGGCGUUAAAGUGGAGAGACGCAAACGCUUUAAGCGAUUGAGACGAAUACUGGACAACGAAAGCGAUGGCGAAGAGCAGCAUGUGGAUGAGGGUCUGGCACGUGAACAGAUUGCCGAACAGCUGUUCGAUGAGAAUGAUGAGCAAAGUAUUGAACACCGCAGUGAGCGCAGUCCACGCGAGGCGGAUGCAUUUGACGAGGAGGACUCUGAAUCUGAUGCCGAUGAUUUUAUAGUGGAUGAUAAUGGUCGUCCGAUAGCUGAAAAGAAAAAGAAACGUCGGCCAAUAUUCACAGAUGCCUCAUUGCAAGAGGGUCAGGACAUAUUUGGCGUUGAUUUCGACUACGAUGAAUUCGCCAGACCAGAGGAAGAUGAAUAUGAGGAUGAUUCCGAGGGCGAUGACUAUGAUGAAGAAAUGGGUGAUGAUGUCCGUGCAGCUAAAAAGAAGAAAUCACUCAAGAAGAAAGUUACCAAAAAGACCAUAUUCGAUAUCUAUGAGCCCAGCGAACUGAAGCGUGGCCAUUUCACCGACCUGGACAAUCAGAUACGCAAAACCGACAUUCCUGAACGUAUGCAAUUGCGUCAGGUGCCUGUAACACCAGUGCCUGAGGGCUCCCACGAGCUGGACGAGGAGGCUGAUUGGAUCUACCGUUUCGCAUUUUGCAAACAGACUGUUUCUGAGCAGGAAAAGGCAGAUAAUCGCGAAAAGAUGCGCAAACCGCCAUCAGCUGUUAAUAAAAUCAAGCAAACACUCGAAUUUAUACGCAAUCAACAGCUGGAAGUACCCUUUAUAGCCUUCUACCGUAAGGAGUAUGUCAAGCCAGAGCUGCACAUUGACGAUCUUUGGAAGGUUUACUAUUACGAUGAGCGCUGGUGUCAAUUAAACGAGCGCAAGAAGAAAUUAAAGGAACUCUUUGAGAAAAUGCGCCAGUUCCAACUUGACACACUGUGUGACGAUCCUGACAAGCCUAUUCCCGACGACGUCCGUUUGAUGAUGGACAGCGACUUCGAACGUUUGAACGACGUCCAAUCAAUGGAGGAGCUAAAAGAUGUGCACAUGUACUUCCUUCUCAACUAUUCGCAUGAGUUGCCCAACAUGCAUGCGGCAUUGAAACGCAAGGAGCAACAGGAGCGUCGAGAAGCCCGAGCACGUAGAUUGGCUGCUGCCGAGACGGAUGGUGAGGAUGGAGCUGGCGAAGGCGUCACCGGCAGCCAAGAUCCCAAUGAGGACGAUGAGCCCGAAUUUGAAGCCAGCGGCGAAGAGCAAUUGAAGCAGGCCCCAGACAGUAGUCCCUAUGCAGUCUUCCGUAAGGCGGGCAUCUGUGGCUUUGCCAAACACUUUGGCCUAACUCCCGAACAAUUCGCCGAGAAUUUGCGCGACAAUUAUCAACGCAAUGAGGUGAAUCAGGAGAGCUUGAAUCCCACAGAACUGGCCAAACAGUAUCUAUCGCCACGCUUUAUGACCAUCGACGAGGUUCUACAUGCAGCCAAAUAUGUAGUCGCUCGUCAAUUGGCCCAGGAACCAUUAUUGCGCAAAACUAUGCGUGAGGUCUUCUUUGCUCGGGCACGCAUUGACAUCAAACCCACCAAAAACGGUAUGGUGCUUAUCGACGAGAAUUCUCCGGUUUACCCAAUGAAAUAUGUGUCGAAGAAACCAGUUGGUGAUCUCUAUGGCGAUCAAUAUAUCAAGUUAAUGAUGGCCGAAGAGGAGAAACUGCUCGAGGUGACAAUUCUAGACACAUUCGAGGGAAAUGUUAAUGCCAAUGGACCCACUGGCGAUUAUGUGGAAGAGGCCAAGAACCUAUACUAUCUGGAUCAGUUUUCUAAGCAUGUUCUAGAAUGGAAUACGCUGCGUGCCGAGUGCGUCGAGUUGGCUCUAAAGAAAUGGGUCAUUCCAGAUCUGAUAAAAGAGUUGCGGGCCACACUUCACGAUGAAGCACAACAAUUCGUCCUGCGUUCCUGCACGGCCAAGCUGUACAAAUGGUUGAAGGUGGCGCCAUAUAAGCCAGAAUUUCCACAGGACUACAACUACGAUGAGUGGAGCACGUUGCGCGGCAUUCGCGCUCUAGGAUUGGCCUAUGAUCCGGAUCAAUCGGUAGCUGCCUUCUGUGCUGUUACCACAAUAGAGGGUGAUAUCUCUGAUUAUUUGCGUUUACCAAACCUACUCAAGCGCAAGAAUUCACAUAACGCGGAGGAGAAGGCUCUGAAAUUGGCCGAUCUGUGCAAGCUGAGCGAUUUUAUUCGCUCAAAGAAACCACACAUUGUGGUCAUUGGUGCCGAGUCACGCGAUGCACAAAUGAUUCAGGCAGAUAUUAAAGAAAUUCUUAAAGAGCUGGAAUCAUCCGAACAAUUUCCACCCAUCGAAGUGGAAAUCAUUGACAACGAACUGGCAAAAAUUUAUGCGAACUCGAAAAAGGGCGAGUCAGACUUUAAAGAGUAUCCACCACUAUUGAAGCAGGCCGUUUCAUUGGCACGCAAAAUGCAAGAUCCGCUCGUUGAAUACUCGCAACUGUGUGAUGCUGAUGAUGAAAUACUCUGUCUACGUUAUCAUCCACUCCAAGAACGUGUGCCGAAGGAAACAUUGCUGGAGCAGCUGAGUCUGGAGUUCAUAAAUCGAACCAGCGAAGUGGGUCUAGACAUUAAUAUGAUGGUGCAAAACUCCAGGACGGUAAAUCUAUUGCAAUAUACCUGCGGUCUGGGUCCACGUAAGGGACAGGCCCUCCUCAAAUUGCUUAAGCAAAGCAAUCAACGUCUCGAGAAUCGCACGCAACUCGUCACUGUAUGCCAUUUGGGACCGAAGGUAUUUAUAAAUUGCAGUGGAUUUAUUAAGAUCGAUACGAGCUCGUUGGGGGACAGCACGGAGGCCUAUGUGGAGGUCCUUGAUGGUUCGCGUGUACAUCCCGAGACAUACGAGUGGGCGCGAAAAAUGGCCAUCGAUGCCAUGGAGUAUGACGAUGAGGAAACAAAUCCGGCGGGCGCUCUCGAAGAAAUACUCGAGUCCCCGGAACGACUUAAGGAUCUCGAUCUAGACGCAUUUGCCGUAGAGUUGGAACGUCAGGGCUUUGGCAGCAAGUCCAUCACACUCUAUGACAUACGCAAUGAGCUCAGCUCCCUAUAUAAGGAUUAUCGUUCGCCGUAUCAGAAGCCGAGCUCCGAGGAAUUGUUCGAUCUGCUGACUAAGGAGACGCCCGAUUCCUUCUAUGUGGGCAAAUGUGUGACGGCAAUGGUGACGGGUUUCACAUACCGCCGACCACAAGGCGAACAACUUGACAAUGCAAAUCCUGUGCGCAUCGAAGCUAGCGAUAGCUGGCAGUGUCCCUUCUGUCACAAGGAUGACUUUCCCGAAUUAUCCGAGGUGUGGAAUCAUUUCGAUGCGAAUGCAUGUCCCGGUCAGGCGUCUGGUGUGCGUGUCCGGCUCGAGAACGGAUUGCCUGGUUUCAUACACAUCAAGAAUCUGUCCGAUAAACAGGUGCGCAAUCCUGAGGAACGUGUCCGCGUAGGCCAAAUGAUCCACGUGCGCAUUAUAAAAAUAGACAUUGAUCGUUUCUCCGUCGACUGUUCCUCAAAAACGGCUGACCUCAAGGAUGUGAAUAACGAGUGGCGGCCACGUCGCGAUGCCUUCUACGAUUUCGUCAGCGAGGAGCUGGACAAUCGCAAAGUGGCGGAUGCCAAAGCCAAGGCUCUUAAACGAAAGACCUAUGCACGUCGCGUCAUUGCACAUCCCAGCUUCUUUAACAAGUCUUAUGCCGAGGUCAUUGCUAUGCUGGCGGAAGCGGAUCAGGGUGAGGUGGCGUUGCGACCGUCAAGCAAGUCCAAGGACCAUUUGACAGCAACCUGGAAGGUGACCGACGACAUCUUCCAGCACAUCGAUGUGCGCGAAGAGGGUAAAGAGAAUGAAUAUAGCAUAGGACGCAGUCUCUGGAUCGGCACUGAUGAGUUCGAGGAUCUAGACGAAAUAAUAGCUCGUCACAUCACUCCGAUGGCGAUGGGGGCACGUGAAUUGUUACAAUACAAAUAUUAUCGGCCCUGCACGGCACCCCCGAAUGUGAACGAACGCGACUUCAUGGAGCAAUUGCUGCGAGACGAGAAGACCCGCGAUCCAAAGAAGAUCCACUACUUCUUCACCGCCUCAAGAAGCAUGCCGGGGAAGUUUCUGCUCUCGUACCUGCCGAAGACGAAGGUGCGGCACGAAUAUGUGACGGUAAUACCCGAAGGCUAUCGGUUCCGCAGCCAGGUCUUUGACUCGGUGAACAGUCUAUUGCGCUGGUUCAAGGAGCAUUGGCUGGACCCAGCCUCUUCGCCAGCAACCAACACGCCAUCUUCCCACAGCAUGCGUCCACCGGCAGCCCUUAGCUCGAUUUCGACUUAUGGCACCAACAUGAGUGGCACACCACGUAGCGGCAUCAGCAAUGCAGAUGCGCGUAGCUCAUCCGCCUACUCCGUAACGCAUUCCAUUGGCGGCUAUGGAUCGAGCAGCGUAACCGGUGCGGGCGGCGCUUCUGGGGCUCAUUACGGUGGCAGCUCCACAACGCCCUCCUUCGGCGCGCACAUCAACACACCGUACACGCCCAGCGGUCAGACGCCCUUCAUGACACCCUACACACCCCAUGCUUCGCAAACGCCGCGCUAUGGCCACAACGUUCCCAGCCCCAGCUCGCAAUCGUCCAGCAGCCAGCGACUUCACUACGGCUCAAGCAGUGGAGUGCCGAGCGGUACGCCCCGCUAUUAUGAUAUGACCACAUCCAAUGCCUACAACAGUUCCGGAAGCAGCGGCAUGAACGCCAGUCUUCUUCCACAGCAGCAGCAACAGCAGCAACGUGCCAAAGAGAACAUGGACUGGCAGCUGGCCAACGAUUCGUGGGCGCGUCGCAAGCCGCAACAUCAACAGCAGCAGUCGCAACAACAACAGCUUUCGAGCAGCAUGGGCCUUGGUCUUGGAUCUGGCUAUAACACCGGCUCCACGCCCACCAAUGAGUACCACACGAGCAGUAGCAGCAGCACCAAUCUCAACUCUGGCCUCCACACAGGUCGCGAGGAUCAGCAGCGCAUGCGCACAGCUGCCGGUGCCUCUUCCAAAUCUUCAGUGCGGAGCACUCCGCGCACAAAUACCUCGCCGCACUCGAUGAAUCUGGGAGAUUCCACCCCACUGUACGAUGAGAAUUAAAAGUGGAGCUGGCGCUAAUGAUGUGGGACGAUGGGGAGCGUUGCCUCAACAAAUUAAUUGCAUUAAAUUAUAAAAUAAACGAAAAUUACAGAACACAAAGCAAGAAACGCAGCUCUAAAUAACUUUAAAUUAAACAUAUUAAAACAACAACAACAACAAAUACAACCACAAGAACUCAAUACAAUAAAUUAAAAAAAAAAAAAAAAAAAUCACACAAAUGUAGAAGGAGGUGGAAAAAGUAUUUGGAGGUGUAAUUGGAACAGUUGGAAAUUAACACUGCAGCGACUUAGGGUUAUUAUUAUGCCGAAGUCCCUUAGCUGAUGGAUUAAUUGACAGCCGUUUGAAUUAAUGUACACACUACUUUAUGCGACGCCUAAAAGUCGAAAUAAAAAUUAUGAUUUUUUUCCGAUGAGAAA